CGAGGAUGUCGUCGGCUUGGUUUAUCUACUGAAGGGCUGACGCAUGUCCCGCUUGCCGCCCAUGCUCGAGCGCGAAUGUGGUAAGCACCUCAACCUGCGCGCUCAACGCCUCUCUCGAGGGAUGCGCGCACGAUUGUUGGCGCUCUCAUGGUCGGCUUCCCUGUUUCGACAACAAGUGAACGCUGUGCCGACGGCGCCGCGGCCACUGCCUUGGCCCCACAGUUGUCGCCACCCGGGCGCCAUCGUGCGAUUAUCGUCCCACCGUGUAAGACCACUUUCAAAUCACAAUCACAUCGAAGACUACCGCGGCAGAAGUCUCAGCCAUGACGACUACAGCUGCGGAACAAGGGCGCACCUUUCCCUUCGGUGCGAUUCUCUCUGCCGUACAUCCAGGGAGCGAACGCUGAUAUGAUGCUUAUGAAAAAUACUUUGGCAGCUGUUAGACGCUCCUGCGCCAGAUCGUGCCCUUACUCUUGAGCGACCCGCUCCUGCUCGCUUGUUUCUAGGGGAUUUACAAGACUUCGCAGAGGGCAGAGGCCCGGUGGUAUUGUUCAGGAUGGGCUUGGUAUUGGCGCUGCUGAGCAAACGUCGAUCAGAUAUCCAGAGAGCGAGACGUGCGGUCGUUUUUUGUUUGCAGCAAUAGAUAAUCGAUAGAAUUUCCGGAGGAACGCGGACAGCGGAAACAAGAAUAAAGUAGCUGGUACAUAUAGAAAGAUGGGACACGAUAAAUAAUAAUUGACUGUUCUCUGCGACGCUGGCGUCGAGCAAUUCAACAAUCAGCAAUCGUCUUGUGUGCAUUCAUGGCACGGCUGUA